UCGAGGGCAUUUCCGUCUUUAUCAAUAUUCGUUUAUUAGAACGAUACGUUUUAAUUUUCCGAAAUAAUUAUUAAUUAUUACACGACGAUCAAAACGGAGUGAUUAAUUUUGUGAAUGGACUUCUUUCUCGAAGAAACCUGAUUGAAUAAUUGAAGACUGAAAGCAGUAGAUAUUUUUUUAGUAUUUGAGCUGGAAAUUAUAAUUCAAAAAAGUUUCAGAAAAAUCAUAUUUUGUUUUGGAGAUGGGUUUUGUUAGUACGAUAUUGGGGUUUUGUGGAUUUGGAGUUGGGAUUUCAACUGGAUUGACGGUUGGGUAUUACUUGUUCAUCUAUUUUCAGCCUACUGAUGUUAAGGAUCCUGUCAUCCGUCCUUUGAUUCAGCACGACUCCAAAAGUUUGCAGGGGUUACUUCCCGAGAUACCUUCUUGGGUGAAAAAUCCAGACUAUGAUCGUAUUGACUGGCUCAACAAGUUUCUUGAAAUUAUGUGGCCUUAUCUGGACAAGGCGAUUUGCAAGACGGCCAAAAACAUAGCUACUCCAAUUAUUUCUGAGCAAAUUCCAAAAUACAAAAUUGAUUCUGUUGAAUUCGAAUCACUAACUCUAGGAUCUCUGCCACCCACUUUUCAAGGUAUGAAAGUCUAUAUCACUGACGAAAAGGAGUUGAUUAUGGAGCCUUCCCUGAAAUGGGCAGGGAAUCCUAAUGUCAAGAUUGCUGCUAAAGCAUUUGGAUUAAAAGCAACAGUUCAGGUUGUGGAUUUGCAGGUCUUUGCUCAACCGCGUAUUACCCUGAAACCUCUCGUUCCCAGCUUUCCGUGUUUUGCCAAAAUAUUUGUCUCUCUUAUGGAGAAGCCUCAUAUUGACUUUGGGUUGAAGCUUGCUGGGGCAGAUCUCAUGUCGAUUCCUGGCCUGUACCGUUUUGUACAGGAGCUAAUCAAAGAUCAAGUUGCUAAUAUGUAUCUAUGGCCUAAAACCCUCGAAGUGGAAAUUCUUGAUCCGACAAAAGCUUUGAAGAAGCCUGUCGGAAUCCUCCACGUGAAAGUUAUACGGGCACAGAAGCUUAAGAAGAAAGAUUUGUUAGGUGCAUCAGAUCCUUACGUAAAACUGAAGCUCACUGAAACAAAAGCUCCAUCAAAGAAGACUAUGGUGAAGCACAAGAAUUUGAACCCAGAGUGGAACGAAGAAUUCAGCAUGGUUGUAAAAGAUCCCGAAACACAAGCGUUAGAGCUUCUCGUAUACGAUUGGGAGCAGGUGGGCAAACACGAGAAGAUGGGUAUGAAUGUAGUCCCUUUAAAGGAACUACCGCACGACGAACCGAAAACAAUGAUGCUAGAUCUUCUCAAGAAUAUGGACCCCAACGAUUCUCAAAAUGAUAAGAUGCGUGGGCAGAUUGAGGUGGAGUUGACUUACAAGCCUUUUAAGGAAGAAAAUAUGCCGAAGGAUGUCGAAAAUUCUGAUGAAGUACAAAAAGCUCCUGAAGGCACACCGCCAGGUGGCGGGGUGCUAGUGGUUACAGUGCAUGAAGCUCAAGAUUUGGAGGGGAAACACCAUACUAACCCGUAUGUGCGCAUCCUAUUUAGAGGAGAGGACAAAAAAACUAAGCAAAUAAAGAAGAACAGGGAUCCAAGAUGGGAAGAGGAGUUCACUUUCGUUUUGGACGAACCUCCGGUUAAAGACAAGAUGCAUUUGGAGGUACUUAGUACCUCGUCCAGAAUCGGCCUGCUUCAUCCUAAGGAAACAUUGGGUUAUGUGGAUAUCAACUUAGCAGAUGUUGUGAGCAACCGAAGGAUAAAUGAGAAAUUCCACCUCAUAGACUCGAAGAAUGGGCGGCUACAAAUCGAGCUGCAAUGGCAAACAUCUUGAUCUUUUUUACCCUUUCUUUUCAAAGAAUAAAAACAGAAAAGUGAACCUUGUUGAUUAAACACUUUUUCCCAGUGAGUACCAAAAUAGUUGUGUAACGCGGCGCACAUUUUCGAGCUUGCCUUUAAAAGAACAGUCGUAUGUUAUCCGUGUAUUUUGCGUGUGUAUAUUAUUAACAUUUAUGCGUGUUGGUUAUAUACAUUUUUUAGUUUGUUCCGCA